AUGCAAGUCAAUGCAGCAGGAUGUGGUGGCCAUGUUUCUGCCAACGAAUAUGAUUUAUCAACAAAUUUAGCAGAACUACCAAAUAGUGUUAAUUUGCGUUUGUCUUUUGCUUUAAACUUCCAAAAUGUAUGGACCAAGUUGGUUGAUAGCUCAUCAAACGGUCCUUUUAGUCUGAGUGUUUCCGAAUAUGAUAGUGUUUUGCGUUCCACAAAUCAAGGUUCUGUAAUUCUUUAUUUCUGGGGCAAUCAUGGGCUCAGUAUUAAAAGUUUACUGGCUAAACUUCAACAGUUGUCGAAACUUCAUGGGAAUUCCAUGGAUGGGCCUCAGCUGUCGUUAAGACGCAAAUUUGUACCAGUAAAAUGGACCGCUGAAGAACCUGUCACUAUAAAAGUGUUGGGUACUGAUAACUGUUUACUGCAACUAGUUUGUCAUGCUCGGGGUUUCCCUUGGCCCCAUUUUCAGUGGCUAGAAAAUGAAAAAGAAGUAGAAGGUGGAACUGGAAAAGCAUUUCUCAUUACUAGAUGUAAAUGUAGAAGUAAUCUAAUUUAUAAAUGUAAAGUUUGGAAUGAAAUCGAAGAAGGCUUUGAAUAUUCAUUAUUUUAUCGAAACCGCGAAAAGCCAUUUCGAUCUCAUCUAAUAACAAAUGGAAUAAAUAUCUCAUCAUUUCUAACCGAUGAUUUAAAAUUUUUCAGUGGAUGGAAUGCAGAAUUAAUUGCAACUGAUAAAGUAGCUUUAAUUAUAAGCAAUUGUAACUAUAUGAAUAUUCCAAGUUUAGUUACUCCUCAUUGUGAUGCUGAAAUGUUUGCAGAAUCAUUGCAAAAUCUUGCGUACAAAACAGUUACUCUCGGAGAUUUAAAUCUUGUAGAAAUGUAUUUUUUCAUCAGUGAAUACCAAAAACUUCUUGGUGAUGGAGUAUAUGCAAUCUUCUACUUUGUUGGUCAUGGUUUCGAAAGAAAUGGAAAAAAUUAUUUAUUGCCGGUGGAUGCUCCAAUCUCUAAUUACUCAUUGGAUGACGCUAUUUCUGUUGAUUGGAUUUUAUCAGUUUUGGAGAGCUCACAUCCAGCUUUGAAUUUAAUACUUCUUGAUGUUUGUCGGAAAAAUAUCAAAUGUAAUGAUUUGGUGAAAAGUUCUGAUGAUAUGGAUACUAUUAAAAAAUCAGGCAUAGCUCGCAACACUGUAUGUGUGUAUGCAACUAGCAGUGGAAUUAAUGCUUUUGAAGUACGUGGCGAAAAAAAUGGCGUGUUUAUGAAGCAUUUAUUGCGGCAUGUAGCAGAUGAAGCAACAGUUCUCGAAAUGUUAACGAGGACUUUCCAAGGUGCGGAGAAAGUUUCGAAUGACGCAAAAGUUGGUAACGUACAGAUUCCGGAACUCAAAUCAAAUUUAAUUCUCCCACGGGGAUUGAGAGAUCCAUUAGUUUGUUUUGGUCACACCACAUCAUUCAAUUUUCAUACACUUCACUGGCGUUAUAUGCAUGAGCUACCAAAUCCAAUAUAUGUGGUAUUUUCGGCUGAGGAGUUGUGUGUAACUAUUUGGUUCGAUUAUGCUGGGCAUUUCACAAACAAAGUAUACAUAUUUAGUAGCGUCAGUGAACUUUCUUAUGAAAAUAACACAGAAAGUUCAAGGUUAAAACGGUCAUCUACCGCCCUUUCAUAUGUUGCACAUCUACGUUUUCCCAAGCAUUUUGAUGUGUCAACGGAAAGGAUAAUAGAAGAUAAUGAAGAUGGUAUAUCACUGUGUGUUAUGCUGUCAAAUUUACAGCGCUUAAAAGGAACUAUAUCAUGUUCAGUGGAUCUUGUAAACUGUGAAAAUAAUGCAUUGUUAGCAACGGAAAGUAAUUUAUCAUUGGGAGAUGUGUUGAUUACCAGAAUCUACAAAACGGAGCACUAA